AUGGCUGAUGGAAAUGCUAAUGGUAACCAAGAAGGUGCUACGACUCCCCUAAUGUCUUGGAACAACAACCUGAAAGCACUUCUGGUGGAUCCAUCACCCGCCUGUAGACUUAUUGGGAAGGCAUAUCUCACGGCCUAUGGUGUAAACACCGAGGCUGUGGACAAUGCAGAUGUUGCCAUUAUUCUGCUUAAUAUGGGAGCCAGUUUCAAUGUGAUUCUCAUAGAUAUGCAUAUGCGAGAAAUGAACGGAGCGCAGUUUGCUAUGCUGCUUCGGAGCUUGGGGGUACAGACCAAGCUGCUUGGUAUGUCAACUAUGUUUAGAGAACGUGAGAAAGAAGAGUUUCUGGAAGCUGGGGGUGAUGGUUUUAUUGAGAAGCCUCUUCAUCCUUCCAAGUUUGUUCCAAUCCUGCAAGAGCUGGAUAGCAACUGA